AUGCCUACCAUGCUCGAGAGGAAGAUUCAAAUGACUUCCUUUAUACUGAGACUGCUGACAUCUCCAUCUAGUAUCCAACACACCCAUCUACACGGGCCGUUGACGUCGAGGGCUCUCGCUUCCUCUGGUGCAAGGAACCAGAAAGGUCUCCUCAGAUUUGAGAACUUCAACCAUCCCAACGACAUUGAGGCCUCUGGACCGCAGUCCCCGCCUGGCAUAGCCACCACCUACGACUGCAGGCCGCCGAUUGAGAUCAUUGAGGCCGCAAGGCUGAGGUCGAGGUCUUGGCGGCCAUGUCACUUGACGAUUGAUUCACAUACCGUGCCCUCUGAUCAACACAUCGACUUGUACCUCAAUGUCAACAACUCCAAUAUCUAUUGUUCAUUGGAAGCCCUCGUGCAUACGCUAGCAAUGCACGAGGGCUUCCAAUCGAAACGCGUGGAGUCAGCCGGAACUAGCCUCAUGAGGGAUGGCUUCAAAGCAAGACCACGAAAGCAGUGA